AUCUGUGAUAAUUCCAACUGAGCUGCUUCUACUGUAGUUAACUAUUAAAAUCAACUGUGAUUUCUAUAUAAAAUCUGACUUUCUUUUUAUUUAGAUGAGAUUUUGAGAGCUGUUGAAAUGAAUCUCAUCUGCUUUAUGGUUCUGCUGAUCUUUGGAGUCAAUGCCAAUAAUCAAAAGACAUGUAAAGUAGGUGAUAGGAGUGAGAACAUUUUUUUCCACAGCACCAAUGUGCAGACUAUUGCAUUGGAAAUUUCAGAAACACUUUAUACAUUAAAUUGCACGUGGAAUGAUGAUCAGUGUUAUGUAGAGUGCAUCUUUGUCAAUCACAUCACAAACAGUAAGAAUGUUACCAAACAACCGGUUGAAGAAAAUUAUUCAAUCACGGAUCAAAUCGUAUCUGUCUUCCAAAUAAAUGAACAAGAGACCAUAUGUAAUGUCACAAAGUGUGCAUCAGAUAUAAUAAGUAAAUUAAUACAAGAAUCAUCCAAUUCUCCUGACCUGAGAGACUUAAAAAGGCCAGCACAAAUUAAAAAAAUGUGUUCUCGAUUGUUUGCUUCAGAUAGUACCAUUAAAAAGGUUUACAUCAGGGCAGAGAAAAAGUACAUUGAUUAUCUCAUCGGGUUACUGUUUCAUGGAACAUCCAAAAAUUAUGACUUUGAGGAAUUAAACAUGACUGUAGUUAAGAUGGAUAUGAUGAACACCACAGAUCUUGGGUUUGUACACAUCUCUGCUCCAAAGGCACGUGAUGAUCUUCCUUUGGAUGUAUUCCUACCUACUGAACCAUUUAUUAAUAUGACAGUUGGUGUAGUGACAUAUCCCUGUAAUAAUAUCUUUAUAAAUGACCCGAAGACCAUGCUGAAGUCCAAAGUUAUUCGCAUUGAAACUGUUGGACAUGAGAUCAAGAACCUGUCUGAACAGCUUGUUAUAAAUUUUACAGUGAAAAGUAGUGAAAUAAUAAUAACCGAAAACCACAGACUGUCGUGCCUUUUCUAUAAUGUAGAUGCUACAGCAGGGCAGGAGUGGGAUGACAUGGGGUCUUUCACCAACCUGGAGAAUUUUAACAGCAGCAACAGUGUAAACUGUUCAUAUGAUCACAUGACUCCCUUUGCUGUGCUUCUGGUUGACAUGAAUGUGGCACAAAUAGAUCGUCAGCAGUGGAAAACCCUGUCCAUUAUUAGUUACAUAGGUUGCAGUUUUUCAUCGUUUUUUUCAGCAGUCACCAUCUUCCUUUACACUUUCAUGAAGAGUUCUAACAGAGACACUGCCAUCCAUAUCCAUGUGUCUCUGAGUGCGGCCCUUUUCCUCCUCAACAUCAGCUUCUUGUUCACUGAAUGGGGAGCCACAUGGUCUCAAAACAGUGCAUGUGUCUUGAUAGCAGUGAUAAUAGAGUACAGCCUCUUGUCCUGUUUCUCCUGGAUGGCCAUUGAAGCCAUACACUUGUACUUCCUUCUAAUCAAAGUGUUCAACACCUACAUCAAGCACUACAUGAUCAAGCUGUCUCUCUUUGGAUGGGGAAUGCCUGCUCUCCUUGUUGGAGGAAGUCUGUGUGCUUAUGGUAGUACGCCUUUUUAUGGCACCACAGAAAUAACAUUAUCGGACACAAAUGAAGCAAUGAAAAUAUGCUGGAUUACCGACAUCCGCUUUCUGUAUGGCAUCAACAUCGGCUAUUUCUCCAUAAUGUUCCUGUUCAACACGUCCAUUCUGGUGGCAGUGACAUGUCAGAUCUAUAAGCGCCAGUGCAUGAAUGUCAGCGGCAGCAAUCUUCCAUCUUGUAAAGAUAUAUGCACUGUCCUGGGUCUGACCUUCCUGUUGGGAAUGACAUGGGGUUUGGCUUUCUUCACAUCAGGACACAUAAACUACCCCGUUCUUUACCUCUUCUGUAUCUGCAACACGCUGCAAGGGUUGUUUCUCUUCCUGUGGUUCUACGCUACAAUGAAGAACAGGCUUAUCAAGGAAAAAUCCUCAACUGUGUCCGAGCCAACAGGUGCUCACAUCAAGACCUGUGAAAGCACCCAGUGAUCAGAUAUUAUGCCAUUUAGUGCAGGAAGUUCUAUCAAGGCAAGAACAAUGUUAUACAUGCAAAUAUAUAAAACCUGCUUUAACACCUUAAUGUGUAACUCAUCAUGAGUUUUAUAAUCAGUUGCACAGGUCCCUGUGAGCCACUGAGUUACUUAUUAUCGACAUUACAGAAUGAAUUGAUGCAUAUUGUUUUGGAUAAAAUCUAGUGUGUAUGGCUUGUAUAUGAUCAAAUGUAUUACUUAGUAAUUUUUCAUCACAUCUACAUUUGACUACACUGAACUUAUCUGAUAUUUUUAGUUUACAUACAUUUAGGUUUACCCUUAUUCAUAACUAUGUGACGUUAUGUAUACAUUUAUACAUAAUUAUGAUUAUACAGCUCUCUUAUAAUACGUGAAAGUGAUGCCGUGAAACAGAAUCGUAGUGAUUUAAAUGCUGUUUUUUUUUUAUGUUAAUUUUAAAGCUGCUGGCCUGACUAGGCAUUAACUUCACUUGUGGGUGUGAAUGGGAUAGGAUUGACCAAAUAUUUUUGAAACAGUGAAGCAAUGUGAAUUUCCUACAUUUUAGUCAUUCAAAAGUUUGCUAUAAGCUAUAAUCUAAAUUAUAAUGUAA